AGCAGAAGAACAAUUUACUUUUUUCAUCACCAAGUCGUUCAUUGCUGCACAUAAAUAAUUAGAAUUUAAAUAAGAAUUAUAAAAGAAAUCAAAAUGAUAACAAUAGUUUCUUUAAUGCGAUCACUGACCGUUAGGUCGCAAUUAACAAAAACCACCCGCGACUUUCAUUUAUCUGCUGUCACCGAAGCAGCCAGGAAAGGUACCCGUGAGAAGGCUCGUAAGAAGAAAGUCAAAGUAGAAGUCAAGAAAGUCGGAUUCAUUCCACACAAUCAAAGGAACAAGGGGCUUAAUCUGAGUAAAGUCAACAAACACAUCGAUGACUCGUGGAAGGCUAUUCCCAAAGAUAAUUGCUAUGUUGGUAAAUACUAUCGAUGGGCUGAAUACACUGUCGCCGAAGCAAUUCAAUGUCAUCGAGAAACUCAUCAUCCUUCAAUGUACAACGUCCCUAAUGCACCUCUCAAUGUUGAAAUUGAGUUAAAUAUGCAGGCAGAAAAGGCUAAUCGAUUUGUAGACAACUUCAAUCGCAUGGCUAUGAUCCCACACAAAUUCGAUCACGGAGAUGAAAGGAAGAUUCUUGCUUUCACAAAAGAAAAUGAUCUUAUUGCAGAAGCUAGGCAAGCUGGAGCAAGCCUUGUCGGUGGUGUAGAGCUAAUCAAAGACAUAACAAAUGGAGACCUAUUACUCACGGAUUACGAUUUCAUAAUUGCCCAUACGAACAUCCUCCCCGAACUUGUGAGUCUUCGAGGUUUGUUGAAGAGAAAGUUUCCCAAUCCACGAAGUGAAACCUUGGGAACAAAUCUCACCGAAAUGAUCAAGAAAUUUUCGGAUGGUAUUAGCUAUGCAGCCACAAAAGACGAGCAUCAACAAGAUUUUGGAAUUAUCACAACAUGUAUUGGAACGUUGGAUAUGGACGAAAAGUAUCUUGAAGAGAACCUUAUUUCGUUAUUGAAAGAUGUCAAUUCGAUGCGUCCUAAACGUGAAGGAAAAUUCAUAACACGAGUUCUUCUAAAGAGUCCUCCAAGCAGUGAACAAUUGAAAAUCAAUCCCUUCAUCUAUGUGCCUGAACAAGGAACUUUCAACAAUUCCAGGAAAACCAAAUCAACCGAACCUGUAGAAGAAGACGAUGAAUCAGAAGCAGCAGAACCUGUUCGAGCAACUAAUUAAAAGAGAAACAAAUUAAUUACAUUUAGGACAUAAAGAAGUCAGUUUAAUAUAAAUAUAUAAUUUUGUUGUUUGUUUAAA